AUAUAACCAAGAGGCUGAUGAUAUCUAAUAUGUCUCCUAGCUGUUGCACGGGAAGAUGUUAGCAUAUGGUGCAAGACCUGUGUUUUGUUUCUUGUUUAACUUUGUUAUCGUCAUCAACGCCAGUGCAAGUGAACCUUGUGAGGCUGGACGGAGACCUGAAUUGUCUAGAUGGCCAGUGGGUUGGCUGGAGAGUGACCAUGGCCACUUCAAAAUAUGCAGUUUUAUCAUACAGUUUGACUGUAUGGUGAUAUUAACUUAAAAGAAGACUCUAUACUCACCAUGAUCUGUGUCCCAAGCAGCAUCCUCUGACUGGUUAUUCUCCGGUAGCGGUGGAGCAUCAGCUGGAAGAGGCUCCUCCUUGACCAUCGUAACCAGCUUGUCAAGCUCCUCUGGAGCCUGCAAGACGUGACACAUGUCAACAGAAUACAUCUCUCAAAGUCUGUCAUCUUAUUUGAAGUGUUUCUUUUCUCCUCACCAAAUUCUGCAGGUCCGAGUUGCCCCCGAUAUGAAUGUUGUUAAAGAAGAUCUGAGGGACCGUGCUCCGCCCUGUCAGCUCCUUCACCUUCGCCCGUAGCUCCGGAUGCUUCCCGACAUCGACCUCGUAUAACGGUACUCCCAAGCGAGCCAGCGUGGCUUUAGCCUGAAGGCAGUGUGGGCAGCCUUGGAUGGAAUACACCGUCACCCGGCCCUUGUCGCUGCUUUCAAAGUCCUCCAUCUACAGCAGCACAAAUGGAAUGCUAAUGGAUGCCGAGAGGUCAUGGAUUCUGUGCGCUGUUACAAGCGACGUACCUGGCUUAUCUUAGACUAUACAGUAGACACACAAGGUCAAUGAUUUCUCUAUUUUUAAUGUGAAAAGCAGCUAUAAUGCAGCUAUACGCCAUUUAAAACAUUUACAGUCAUCAAAUGUUUUCAUGUUUCUUAACACUUACUGUAUUGAAAGACCUCAUGAACCUAAUUGUAGAAUUGUUAAAGCACCUUGCUAGCUUACCGAGUCACAUUUGAAGCCAUUUAAAAAGUCGUUGCACAACAACUAUGAGUGGCAGAAAUAGUCAAGGCGUGACGUCAUUCCCGGGACAAGAGACAUUACCUGGAUAAGGAAAUGGUUACGUUACCUUGUGGUGUUUAAAUCCUCCGUUUGCUCGGGGAAUGUAAGCUGUUAAAUGACAGCGCUGAUUAUAUCGGUUUUGUUGAAACCACAGAUAUUAGUACAUUGUUAGAAUAGCAAGAACCGGAAUCUGUUAUAUCUUACAUUUAGCCAACGGAAGUACACAGAGCCUAUCAGAAAUGAACAAUACUGUAAAGUGAAAGAGCUGCUGGCUGCCGCAGCUAGCUGCCUUCUCUCUUGGCGCGUUCAAGUGCUCCCCGGAAAUUUGAAACUCCACAUUUUUACGUGGAAUGACGAAACAAAUAUUAAAUAUACUUUUUGCCAUUCAUCAUUUUUGGAUAAUUAAUAUUUAAGGGCAGUGUAGUCUCUAAGCUAUUUUUUACGUAUUUGUUUUUCGCAUUUCACGCAAAAAGUAGGGUCACUACCUACCACCUUUAAAUACCCUUACUAGGAAGUAUACCUGAUAAAACAUUAAUUUACUAAUACGAAAGCCAUUUACCAGCUAGAACAUUAACGUUCCUGUUAUGUUAAAACGUUAACGCGGAACCAUUAUUCCGAAGCUAAUUCCUGCACGGACAUGUUUCGAGUCGGUUCUUCUUCUUGUUGUUAUGCUAGCUUACGACUGCGGCAGGGAUGGCGGGGCUGUCGGGCCCAGCUCGAGACGGGUGUACAAAAAUACUCAAUUUAUUGUCGAAGGCUGACCUUCUUUCACUGAGUGACACCGUUACAAAUAAGAUGAUUGUAGUAGAGGACGUUACAGAGGCGGCAGAGGCAAUCCUCUCCUUCACUAGCAAUGCAGAGGAGCUCCUGAGGAGAAAGAAGGUCCACCGUGACGUCAUAUUCAGGUACCUGGCCAAAGAAGGUGUAAAGAUGCCUCCCAAUAGUGAGAAGCACCAGCUUGUGAAGAGGGCUCUGCAGCUAUGGUCAAAUACAGAGGUGUCGAUUGAAGAACGUUUGCCGGGUGCGACUGAUCACACCAGGCAGAGGUCAUUGCCAAACAUACCCCAGGAGACCGUGGACGUGAAAAAUGAUGCAACCAUUGACAUUUUAGCCCUUGGCCAGCAGUUCUGCCAUUGGUUCUUCCAGCUGUUGAACAGUCACAAUCCAUCACUGGCCCAACAGCCUCAGGACUGGGGCCCGCAACACUUCUGGCCAGAUGUGAAGCUCUGCCUUAUUGCCAGAGCCGGAAGUGAACAAAUGGAAGAGUUCCUGGGUGCUGAGCUUGUCAGCUGUCGUCUCCUGGCUUUGACCAAGGAAGAAAAUCUCCUUCUCAGCCCCAACCUGGAACCGCACGGCCUCAAGGUGCUGGCCUCCCCCCACGGUUUGGUUCUUGUGGCCGUAGCUGGGACGAUCCACAGGGACACUGCCUGUCUGGGGAUAUUUGAGCAAAUAUUUGGACUCAUUCGCUCACCACUGGACAAUAACAGCUGGAAGAUCAGAUCUGUGACCUUGAAGAUCAGGGGGCAGGACGCUCUGAUGGGGAUGCAGACGUCAGCACCCGCUCUUAGUUACAACUCUAGUGACCUCUUGCUGCUUUGCAGUCUAUAACAUUGAAGACUGCUUUUAUUUCAUGAUGUUGUUUACCUGCUGCAGGCAGAUUGCCUUUUGAAUGCGGAGCUGUUGGCAUGUCAUUCAACACUGAUGCAAAACAACAUGCUAGGUAUGUCAGUUUUGUUACUUAAAGCAUGAUUUUGUCAUGUUUGCUUUUCCAGCUCUCUUAACACUUUCUGUUGUUUUACUUGGUUGUGAAUUAUACCAAACUUUGGUGCCUUUAGUAAACCCUCAUAAGAGUGCAGACAUGUAGAUAUGUACCAUACCAAAUAAAGAAAUUAUAUUGACACAUUUAUACAUAUUGUGUCACUAUUACUACUUAAUCCCUUUAAGACAGUCCAUAAUUUGUAUGAUUGGAUCCAUUAAUUGAGUGAGGGAAGUAUUGAAUCCCCAUGCAAAAUGUGAAGUAACCAGUCACAAAGGUUACACACAUUUUUACUCGUCUCUACAUUUUACAAAUCCUGAAGUGUUUGAGGCUGUCACUUGGCAACUCACGUUCCCAUAUGUGGGAUUAAAGUCAUAAAGCUGCAUAGGCCACUCCAGUAACUUAAUGU